GACUCCAACAAUCUGCAGACUGUCUUGGCCUUAAAAGCCUGGUGAGAAACAGCGCCGAUUCAGUGGAAGGAACAUGAACUCAGGAUAGUAACAUCCAUAAUCUAAAAAGCUGAAGAAGAAGUCUGUACACUCAACAGAUCCAUUAUCCAAAAAGCUGAAGAAGAAGUCUGUGCACUCAACAGAUCCAUAAUCUAAAAAGCUGAAGAAGAAGGUCAUCAUAACAAAGUUUUGGAUAAUUCAGUGCUAUAAUCCUUUCAUUAUAACCACAUUUUCCAAAUACAAUUAUAUACAUAACGACAAUGGAAAAUUACUUGCAGUUUCCCAACCUACUAACAAGGUUUCGAACAAGAAACGAAGCUGUAAGGAUAGCUAUAGCUGAAUGUCUUGGAACAAUGAUUUUCGUGCUGAUUGGCGACUCUGUUGUAGCACAGUCUAUACUUCCCGGGCCUCCUUACCUUACCUAUAUAUCUGCGCCUCUAGGAUGGGGACUAGCUCUUUUACUGGCUACUCUGGUUAUUGGAGGAGUGUCAGGUGCACAUCUUAAUCCAGCCGUUUCUCUAGCAUACGCGACAGUAGGUAAACUUCGACUGAAAGAACUUCCUAUUUAUAUGUUAGCACAAUAUCUUGGAGCUUUCUUGGGUGCUGUGUUGGUGUAUUUUGUUUAUAAAGACGCUAUUUAUGCAGUAGGGAAACCUGGUGUAUGGGAGAAUUCAGGAGAAGUGACAGCGAUGGUCUUUGCAUGUUAUCCAUUUAAUGAAGUUUCAAGCGGAAGGUGUUUUGUGGAUCAGGUCGUAUCGACAGCACUACUAUUACUGGCAGUAGCUGCUAUUUCAGAUAAGAAAAACAUGGCAGUACCACGGCCUGCUCAACCGUUUGCAAUAUCUCUCUGUUUAGUAGGGAUAAUUUACGGUUUUCUAAUGAACAGCGGCGCUCCUCUUAACCCUGCCAGAGACUUAAGCCCCAGGAUAUUUACAGCAAUGGCUGGUUGGGGAAAAGAAGUCUUUAGUUACCGUGAUUACAACUGGUUCUGGGUACCAAUCAUCGGACCUCAUUUGGGAGCAGUUAUUGGGAUAUGGAUUUACAAAAUAGCGAUUGAAAUACAAUGGCCUACAGAAACCAGAAUAGAAGAAGACUUACAGAUGGAAAAUCCUUUUGAAAGACAGGAGUCCACGUGAUGUCGAAGCAAAGGAACAUGCCAAAAACAACUUCAUUGUUAUUGUAUUUGUAGUUACAUAUAUCUUUGAUAGAACACCAAAAUCAGAAAUAUCACUUUUCCUGAAUGACUAUUUAAAUAAUUCUUUCAUUUUUACCUCCAAUAUAUCUUUUCUGACAAAUGAAAUGUAUAGCAGUAAUGAUUUAUCAAAUAAAAGA